AUGAGUGCAAAUAAUUUUUUAUCAAACCCUUUUGUUAUAAAAAUAGAAAAAGGGGAACUCGAGGAAAAUGGGAAAAAUGGGCCAAAGGAACUCCGUGAAGAGUACCCUAUUGAUUUUGAAGAGAUUAAGGUCGAAGGAGAUCUAAAUACGACGAUUUCUGACAACCUUAAUCAUGAUUCUAAUUCUGAAGGCGAAAAUUCCGAGAAAAUUUUCGUCGUCGACGGCAUAGUCUGCGAAAAAAAGCCUAGAAACAAGUUUUCCGUUAAGAAAAGUGACCUGACGUUCAAAUGUGAUAUCUGCAACAAAGAAUAUUCGAAUAAAUACUACAUGAAGGGGCACUACAUGAUUCACACGGGAGAAAGGCGUUACAAAUGCGAAAAGUGUCCCUUGAAAUUCCUCCGGAAACGCGGCCUCACCACGCACAUGCUCACUCACACGGGAAAGAAGCGCUACCAGUGUGACACCUGCUUGUCGAAAUUCUGCGGAAAAGCCAGCCUGAUCAGACACAUGAUGAUCCACACCGGGAAAAAACCUUGGCAGUGUCGGCUUUGUCCGAUGAAAUUCCGCGACAAGAGCACGAUGGUCGACCACGAGGCGCUUCAUACCGCCGAUAAUGAUUACAAGCCCUUUCAGUGCGAUCUUUGCCCCCUUAAAUUCCGGUACAGAAGCAAUCGUAGCCAACACAGGUACACCCACGCCCAGGAAAAACCGUUUCAAUGUCACGAUUGUGGAAAAAAACACAUGAUGAUCCACACCGGGGAAAAACCUUGGCAGUGUUGGAUUUGUUUGGGGAAAUUCCGCGACAAGGGCAGCAUGCUUAGCCACGUGGUGCUGCAUGACGCCGAUUGCAUUGUCAAGCCUUUUCAGUGCGAAUUUUGCUCCCUUAAAUUCAGGCGUAGGAGCACACUUAAAAACCACAAAUUACUCCACGCCUCAGAAAAACCAUUUCAAUGCCAUGAUUGUGGAAUAAAGUAUUAUACGAAGGUAAUCAACAUGCUGCUGAACCAUGACUGCGAAUUAUCUCCAUCAGUCCUCCCGCAUCCUCACCGCAGCAGGUUAAAAAAAUGGGUGUUUACCUUCCGGAAGAUCCUGAUGGCCUCAACGAAGAAUCCGCGAGCGCACCGGUACUUGAGGAACCACAGCGCAAUCCUGGCGGAAAAGCGCCAGCAAAUAAGGAGCAACAACAUGUGGAUGAUCCACCCGUUUAGUAUUUUUCGGCAGUGGUGGGAUUUUCUGAUGAUAAUCCAUCUGACAGCAAGCUUGCUGUUGGUUCCUUAUAAAGUAUUUGAUAUUCAUCGCCUGGAACCAACUUGGCCAUUUAUUAAGAACUAUUUACUGGGUGUUUGCUGCUUCGAUGUUAUUAUUAACUUUUUUACUGGAUUCUACUCCUCCGGCCAAGUGGAGCUAAACCUCCAAAAAAUCGCCUCGAACUACCUCCUCUUCAGCAUCUUCGACAUCCUGGGCUCCUUUCCAACGGACCUAUUCUUUCUAACCCGCACCUCGCCAUCAGUCUCAAAAGAACUAGCUAGCUGGCUGCACAUCUUCCGAAUAAUCUCCGCCCGUCGCUACCUAAUAAAAGUAGCCGAAGCUUACGACAUCUCAGCCAUCUACUUCGGACUCUUCAGCUUCGUCCCCUUACUAAUUAUAACUCUCCACUGGUUAGCCUGCAGCACCUGGCUAAUUCCAGUCGCCGUGACAUCACUAUCCUCAAUCCGUCAACCAGUUCCACAAUCCUGGAUCAACCAGAACUUCCUCUGGGAGAAAACCGGAAACGAAGCUUACUGGGCUACUUUAAUCCGAACUGUGACCAUUCUAACAAGAUCCGGAGUCCUGACCAACGAAAUGCAAACCCCGGAGGAUCAAUACGUAGUCGCAGUUCUCCAAAGCAUCAGCAUGCUCGUCCUCUGCUGGAUAGUCUGCCACGGGAUGCGAUUAUACAAAUCACGAAACUGCUCACAGCUAAAGUACGCAGCAGCUGUUGCUCAAUUAAAAAAGUACAUGAGCUACAAGCACCUGCCAGAGCUAGCUCAGAGAAGAUUCUUGAUCUACUACGAAUUCAGAUUCCAGAGGAAGUUCUUCCGAGAGCAGGAGAUCCUCAGGACACUGUCCACCCAGAUGAGACAGGAAAUCCGGAUGCACGCCUGCAGAAAGCUAGUAGAGAACGUCGCGUUCUUCAAUAACUUACCAGUGGGUCUGCUAGCCAGAAUCGUUAGUCACCUGGUUCCUGAAGUAUUUCUCACCAAUGAUGUUAUUGUCAGGGCUAAUAUGCCUGGUGACUGCAUGUACUUCAUUGCAACAGGCACUGUUGCCAUCUACGGAAUAUCAGGGACUGAAAUCUGCCACCUGGAAGACGGAGCUCACUUUGGAGAAAUUGCCAUGGUGAUGCCCAAUGAAAGACGAGUUGCUACAGUGGUUGCUGUAGAAGUUUGUGAGCUUUAUAAGCUAGAGCGCAGUGAUUUCAUGAGGACUAUCUAUCCUUAUCCGGUUCUUUGGGAGAGGAUCAAGAAGAUUGCCGUGGAACGGCAUGAGAAGACGCAGACUAUUGAUGGGAGGUGA